ACACACACACACACACACACACACACACACACACACACACACACACACACACACACACACACACACACACACGCAAACACACACACACACACACACAUACUCAAGGGACUCUGAGUCACCAGACACUUAUAGGCAGAAAAUCACUGACUCACAUAAAGGCACACACACAGCAAGAGUGUAAAGCCCAACUCAGCUACACUCUCCAAGUUUCUCACGAUACACACACACACACACACACACACACACACACACACACACACACACACACACACACACACACACACACACACACACACACACACACACACACACACACACACACACACAUACAGAGGCCGUGGUGUGUGAUAUGGAUCAAGUAGAACAGCAUCAGCAACUGAGUGUGGCUGCCAAACACCUCUGAACGGUAAAGGCCCCCCCACACCUCACCGCCCCCCCUUCCCCAUCCCACCACUCAGCUCCUCUUCAGCUCCCUGAUUGGUUGUCCAUCUUGCUCCCUCCUUACCUCCGACUGCCCCCAGCAGACCAUGUCUCUGUCCAUCACCAGGAGAACUCCCCCUCCUCCCCUCCCUCCUCUCUCCCUCCCCCGUCGGACUCUGCGCCCUCUGGCCCAGACCCCCCUCUCCUCCUCCUCCCUCCCCCUCUCCCUGCUCCUCCUGCUCCUCCUCCCCCCCUCCCCCCUGCCGGCGGUCUCCGCUCAGCAGUCGGUCCCGGUGGUCUCCACGGCGCAGGGCCGCAUCCGGGGCCUCCUGACGGCGCUGCCGUCCGACCUUCUCGGGCCCGUCAUCCAGUACCUGGGGGUCCCCUACGCCCGCGCCCCCACCGGGGACCGCCGCUUCCAGGCGCCUGAGCCCCCCCUGCCCUGGCCGGGCAUCCGCAAUGUGACGCAGUUUGCGCCGGUGUGCCCGCAAUCGCUGGACGAGAGGAGCAUGCUGGGGGACAUGAUGCCCUCCUGGCUCACCGCCAACCUGGACAUCGCCGCCACCUACCUCACACACCAGAGCGAGGACUGCCUCUACCUCAACAUCUACGUGCCCACCGAGGAGGACAUCCACGAGGAGGGGGGCCAGCGGCCGGUGAUGGUGUACGUCCACGGCGGCUCCUACACCGAGGGCACAGGGAACAUGAUGGACGGCAGCGUGCUGGCCAGCUACGGCAACGUCAUCGUCAUCACCCUCAACUACCGCCUCGGCGUGCUCGGGUUCCUGAGCACCGGGGACCAGGCGGCCAAGGGGAACUACGGCUUGCUGGACCAGAUCCAGGCCCUGCGCUGGGUCAAGGAGAACAUCGCCGCCUUCGGUGGAGACCCUGACCGGGUCACCGUGUUCGGCUCCGGGGCCGGGGCCUCUUGCGUCAGCCUUCUCACCCUGUCCCACUACUCUGAGGACCUGUUCCACCGAGCCAUCAUCCAGAGUGGCAGUGCUCUGGCCAGCUGGGCGGUCAACUACCAGCCCAGCAAGUACGCCCAGCAGCUGGGGGAGCGGGUGGGCUGCGGGAUCCACGACAGCACCCAGCUGGUGGCCUGCCUCCAGGGCCGCAGCUACCGCGAGCUGGUGGAGCAGACCGUCACGCCCGCCAAGUACCACACUGCCUUCGCGCCCGUCAUCGACGGGGACGUGAUCCCGGAUGACCCUCAGAUCCUCAUGGAGCAGGGAGAGUUCCUGAACUACGACGUCAUGCUGGGCGUCAACCAGGGCGAGGGCGUCAAGUUCGUGGAGGGCAUUGUGGACUCGGAGGACGGCGUCACCGCAGAGGACUUUGACUUUGCCGUGUCCGACUUCGUGGACAGUCUGUACGGCUACCCCGAGGGCCGCGACACGCUGAGGGAGAGCAUACGGUUCAUGUACACAGACUGGGCGGACCGGGACAACGCCGAGACCCGGCGCAAGACCCUAGUGGCGCUGUUCACGGACCACCAGUGGGUGGCGCCGGCCGUGGCCACCGCCGACCUCCACGCCCAGUAUGGCUCGCCCACUUACUUCUACUCCUUCUACCACCACUGCCAGAGCGAGGCCACGCCCCCCUGGGCUGACUCCGCCCACGGCGACGAGGUGCCGUAUGUGUUUGGUGUGCCCAUGGUGGGACCCACUGAUCUGUUCAACUGCAACUUCUCGAAGAAUGACGUGAUGCUGAGUGCAGUGGUCAUGACCUACUGGACCAACUUCGCCAAGACCGGCGACCCCAACCAGCCCGUCCCCCAGGACACCAAGUUCAUCCACACCAAGCCCAACCGCUUCGAGGAGGUGGCCUGGUCCAAGUACACGCCCAAGGAGCAGCUUUACCUGCACAUCGGCCUGAAACCCCGCGUACGGGACCACUACCGCGCCACAAAGAUCUCCUUCUGGCUGCAGCUUGUGCCCCACCUGCACCAUGUCAACGAGCUGCUGCAGUCCGUCUCCUCGUUCACCCACAGCCCCUCUCCGCAGGACGACACGCCCUACUCCUACACCAAGCGCCUGGCCAAGGGCUGGCCCCCCCCAGGCAGCACCCGCCACCCCGGCUCCCAGGCGGGGGGGGCCCAGACCCCGCAGCCCCCAGACGCAGGGCCGGGCCCGGGGGAGGGGGAGCCGGGUGGGGCGCGGGUGCAGGGGGAGGACUACUCCACGGAGCUGUCGGUGACCAUCGCCGUGGGCGCCUCGCUGCUCUUCCUCAACAUCCUGGCCUUCGCCGCGCUGCUCUACAAGAAGGACAAGCGGAGGCUGGAGCACCGCCGGCCACGCCCACUGCCACCACCCCGCCGCGAUGUCACGCCCGCCGACGUAGCCGCCCACCUGCAGGGGGAGGGGCUGAUGUCGCUGCAGGUGAAGCAGUUGGAGUGUGAUGUAGCGAUGGCCGACGAGCACAACAAUGCUCACCACCGCCACACGCUUGACACGCUGGACGCGCUGGACGGCCUGGACACGCAGGACAUCUACAGCACUCUGGACACCGUGCGCCUCACCUGCCCCCCCGACUACACCCUCACACUGCGCCGCUCCCCCGACGACGUGCCCCUCAUGACCUCCCUGACCCCCGGCUCGCUGCCCGUGACCCCCGGCUCCCACCCCGUCACCCCGGCCACGCCCAUGACCCCCAUGACCCCGGGUUCGGUGGUGGGCCUGCGGAUGAGCCACCCUCACCAGGGAUACGCGCACCACAGCCCGUACAGCAACACACACCUGCCGCACACACACAUCGCCGCGCACACACACUCCACCACACGCGUAUAACUGUGGCAGGAAAUAUGCGCCCGCAUACAUACACACAUGCAGAGAAAUUCACUGCACGUUCUCAUGCUAAGACGCGCAUACAUAUGCACGCACACACACACACACACACACACACACACACACACACACACACACACACACACACACACACACACACACA